CGUUGAUGUGCUGGGAGUGUCGUGACCGGCAGCAAACUAUAACUAACAUUCAUCAAGUACGGUCACGUCUGCUAGAUCCGGACCACCGCGUAUCGCCACUUGAUUGAUUGAUAUGACCAUGAAUCAACAUCGGGAUCGCUGUGCCUCAGGUCCUCGGGAUUGAAUCACCGGAGAAGUGGUGACUAGAGACUCACUCCAUCGAAUAAGCCUCGGCUCCAUCGAAUAAGUUGAUCGGUCAGGUAAUGCUACUCGGCUGAUGUACUUCAACUUAUCAUAGUACGUCGUCCCCACCUCGGCUUCCUCAUCCUCUCGAUUAUAAACACCCGACAAGUAUAAGAUACUUAUUAUUUGCUCCUAGCGGAGUUCCGAGUUGUAGAUUCCCGAAACGACGCGAUGACAUCAAUAAAGUAGUAACAAGAUUCAUCAAUAAAGUAGUAAGUAGGCACAUGAAUCAAUCAAUCAAGAUUCAUCAUCUCAACGAACAACAAGAUGCCGGUCGUUUCCACCAUGUCCGCGAAUACUCAUCAUCAUGUUGAUGUCGUGCACAACAUCAUGGUGCAGCAGAGCGGUAAGCCUAAGCCCAGCUUGGCAUCAGAAACCAAAACAAGGACGUCAGCAAACCGAAGCAUGCGGCCAGUUGUAACUUCUUUCGUCCCUUCUUUCGAUGCCAGCUACCCGUCUCCUUUUCCCGAACCCGAGGAUGAGGAGGCCUCGAUGCUCGACGAACAGGCGCCGGGUGGGAUGUGCCCUUCGAAAGACUAUCGAUCAGGCUGUCCCAGUGGAUGGACCUACGCGAAGUUCAAAGGAUACAAGUUAUGUUGUAAGUGCCACAACGCUUCUCCUAUCUCCCGCUCACAUGUAAGCGAAGAUCGAUCGUGCAAAAGAACUAUGUAUAUCUUCGAGAUUAUAUGCGCUUCUCCUAUCUGUGAGAGUUUAUCCUGCGUACUCUUCAGACACAGCUUCAUUAGGAACGAGGAUUGCUUAUGCUCUAAUCUUUGUCUGCAAAAGAAUCAUUCCAGCAGGCUCAAACGGUGACCCGUCGAAAAUGGCAGAGCCUUUGCCAACGCAACCCAAGAUCAAACGAUACGACAAUGACCAGAGCACCGAUGACGCCAUCCAAGAACAGAUGCGUCAGCAGUGGCUUACCUCUCAAACACCCGCUGAAAGACAGUUAAGACCUAAGUAGUAUUUUCGACUGUGCCCCUCCCCCUGGAUUGGGUUUACAACUACUACCAAAAAUACUAGUACUCUUAUAUAUUACUAGUAUAUCCAUAUCGGUAUAAUCCGGUCGUCCUCGUCUCAGUGGGGAAUGAGUCGUCUCAUUUUGAUCAAUAUUAGACUGAGAGUGUCGAAGUCGAUUAAUAGACAUAGACUGUGAGAGACUCUCACUGAGUCACCAAUGAAAUUUAUAUUAUAUGUACUGGAACUAAGAACUGUUCGAUAUUGACUUCAUGUACAUACUACAGUUGUUUAUCUACUUAAUUUAUGAAUUCAAGUUCAUUAGAUAGUGGCACGAUCUCAAGGAGAAUAGCCAUAGAUCAAGAGGAAAGUAGAAGUGUGGAGUGCCUGGCCUCCUUCUCCUUCAUCAAUCAUAACUACGGAAGAUGGCAACCCAUUUUUAGUACUUCCAUCUCUAAGACACGCGAAUCAAAGAGCUGCAGCAUUGGCAAAUAGGGGAGCAAAUGCGGAUAGUGCGGACAUUGAACCUCCGGUCGAAUCGGAUCCAAGACCAGAUGCAGAGGGGUACAUGCAGUCGGUUGCGCCAAGCUGUCGAAAAAAAUACAAAAUCAUGACGGCAUGGGAUCUUCAAGGGAGUGAGGGAGGCUUAUGGCCGUGAUAGGAAAAAAUGUCAUUAGUACUAGUGAGUAAGAAAAGUCUCAAGUUAGGGAAUGAUAGCCAAGAUAGUGUAUGGUGAUAGGAAAUGAUACGAUGUUGAUAGAGAUUCACGUUGAGUUGUGAAACAAGAUUUUCGGGUCGUGGUAAGUUUUGCUCUAGUUGUACCUGUAUGUAGUGGCUCAGUGGUGCGUCGUAGAUGAAACGGAUACGCGGUCAUUAAAACCGAUUAGGUACUUAACGAAACACGUGAGUAGCUGAAUCUCGUUCUAAGUCUCGGUGGCGCCAAGCAGAUUGCUUAUUUCCGGCUGCAGGGCAUCGGAUGGCGGCAGCUUGAGUCUGACAAUGAGAUAACGCCAGACAGUAUUAUUACGGCUAUACGAAACGGAAAUCCAUCUUCGUCUUCCCCAACUUCUACAGCAUUAAUUGUCCCAUUUUUAAAGACGAAACGUUAAAGAAAAACCGGGAUGAAGGGAAGCCGAGACGAGCUAUUCGAAGAUGGACUUCUCUUAGUUCUAAGCUUAGGAACAAACGAGGCAUGGAGCAAAAAUGCCAUUUUUCGUGGCCUUGUGCGUCUUCAGGGGGAUGGUCGGAAGACUUUUCGGCCUUGGCGCGGAAUACUUGUCCGCAAGGGUGGAAGUUCAAUCCGGAAACAGGCGUUUGCCUCGCAAGGGAAACGCGGACGUGCGAGAAGAUAACGGAGAGCGUGUUUCUCAAUAAGCAAGCGAAAUGCGAGACGUGCUCGAAAAGUUAUGUUGACUUCGUUGAUAUUCGUAUAAAAGUUGCUCGAUUAUAUUGAUCAAAGUGCCGCUACGAGGAGAUGAAGCUGCAGGUGUAUAUUUCUGCACUUAAUCUUCAGCUUGUAAGUGUGAUGUAUUUCUACAGUAGGUCUUCUUCCUCUCGGGCUCCAUUCUAAAGUCCCUACGAAGGCAUCCAGCAUUGCCACUUGUACAACAGCAGUGGUGGAGACACGACCGGUUGCAAGCUCGAGAAAGGGCAUUGCGUCGCGAAGUACAAGGGCCCGUGCUUAGGAGAGAAGACCUUGUGGUUCUAUACGCCACGCAUGAAGCUGUUCUUUUCCAAAAUCUGCAAUGUGCACUGGCCAAUGAAGCAGUUGUCUGGUCCAGUAUCGAGGGCUGACACAAAUCGAAUGACGGAAAUUGAGAAAGUUGCCAUGGCCGAUUUAGAUAAAGCGAAGCAGCAGGAGUACAACGACGUGUUGAUCCAAGCUUUUCAAUCCACUAGCGGAAUUUUGGGGAAAGUCUUCGGCACGAUGUUCAAAAAUUUCAAGCAGUCUGGACCACUACAAUUAAGGGUGGCUGAUAUGAGAUUGCGCCAUUAUACCUCACUGCGACAUGCUAUCAUAGGCUAGGCCUACUGAAUUAUAAUUAUGAUACCUUGCACCGGUGGUCCCUGUAAUGAUAGCCUCAUGUUCAAUUAUCCCGACUUCGUUCAAAGAAGAAAGUCUUCACUUCAUCUUUCCAAGGGAUAUAACAUGAUCAUGAUGACUGUACCUACUAGUAGAACCAACUAGAAUGCUUGUUACUUUCCAAGUGGGGUUAGACGUGUAAGACCUUUACUUCAGUCAGGCUCAGGGAUAGUUUUGAUUAUUUGUUUUUGUUUUUUCUAGUUAGGCCUGCUCCACCAACAUUAUGAGGGUAAAGCCAAAGCCAGUCAGGGAUUGUCUAGUCUAGAUUUCCAAGAAGAAUGGUAAUCAGUAGCUCCGUCAGUCACCAGGGAUUUUCUUGUUAUAUUUGCGGAAUGGAAUAGGGGAUUCUCUAAGACAAGCAUUGUUUAGGGCCAUGCGUGGAGUCGCGGAGUCGCAAGCAGUGCACGACUCCGACUUACCGGGUGACUGUAUUCGAGACUACGACUCGCAUUGUCCAGUGGGGUGGGACGAAGAUGAUCGAGGGUUCUGUUCCGCACCACCGAGUUACACGGGUUUGUGUCCGUCGAGGAUCUCUUUUGUUUAUGGAGAUGUGUGCAGAAUCUAAACGAAAUACAGGAAAUCGUAGACAUGUUGAUGAAGCCAAUUUCGCGCAUCAACAUUGUUCCAGCAUCACGGCUAGGACAGUUAAAACUCUUUUACCGCCCUAUGAAUAUUACGAUCGAGACCUCCUCCGGAAGAUGAGCUCGGAACAGGCGGUGACAAAAAUUUUUCAGUUUCAUAGAUGAAUAUGAAAACAGAGUAGUUCAGAGCCAUGGUUUUUUCUAAAUCUUGCCGUUGACGAACGAUAUGAAGAGGUCUGCAGCAGGGCAUUGUGAUUUCGCGUGGCCGUGUAAAGGGGAGCUGCAUGUCCCUAGUUUUCACGUUUUUUUGUAA